UUAAUUCUAUUCUUGAAUUUACCAUUUUAUUAAUCGAUACAAUUGAUCGUUUCGAAUUAAAAUCCGAUACCAAACUAUUGCAAAACAAUAAUAACGAUGGAUGAUCGAAUCGGAUCGAUUGGAUCAUCAUUUCCAGCACCGAAUAUUGGCCGUUGUAUUUAUGGAUUCGUUCUAUUUCUGGUCUCAAUUGUUUCAUUGGUCAUCUAUUAUCUUUGGGCUUUCAUUCCACGAUAUCUAAUUGAAAUGACCGGCAUUACAUAUUUUCCAUCCAAAUAUUGGGCUAUUUCAAUACCAAUUUUUUUCUUAAUGUUCAUAUUGUUAUUUGGUUUUGUUUUAUAUCCUGCCAUUAAUCUAUUUCUUACACCAUCAUUGACGGAUAUAUCGACCAUUUAUGAUCGUCAUUAUUGUAAAUCGGAUCUUAAAUCCAAUGAUGAUUGGAAUCAAGGUAUACCACGUAUUAAUGAUUUACCAUUGGAUUUUGUUUGUCAACAAUUGUAUUUAAAACAAUGAUCUAUAAAUGGAUAAAUUACAUUUUUAUUCUUUUUUUUUGAUAAUAAAAAAAAUUAAUUAAUUUCAUA